ACUUUUCCUCGUCGGGCACGCACGGAGAAGAUGCAGUCGCCAUUUUACAUCGCUGGUUUUUACGUGUGUGUGCGAUACAAUUACUCCACGACUGAAAUUCUUAUUACGUAGGCAUAAGAAACAUUUUAGUGGCAUACUUUUGUGAGUUUUCAAUUGCUGAAAGUUAAUAGGUAAUUAUGGGACGUAAAAAGAAGAAGCAGUCGAGACCCUGGUGUUGGUAUUGCAAUAGAGAAUUUGAAGAUGAAAAAAUUCUUAUUCAACAUCAAAAAGCAAAACACUUCAAAUGUCACAUUUGUCAUAAGAAGCUUUACACGGGACCAGGACUUAGUAUACAUUGUAUGCAGGUACAUAAAGAAGCAAUAGAUAAGGUACCUAAUUCUUUGCCAAAUCGUAGCAAUAUUGAAAUAGAAAUUUAUGGUAUGGAAGGUAUUCCACCAAACGAUGCAAAAGAGCACGAAAGGCAAAGAAAUGGAGGUAGACCUGGCUCACCAAGUUCUGGUGAGGACGAACCUAUUAGAAAGAAGACAAAACCAGAAGGCUUGUUAGGUUCAGCGCCAGGAGCAAUGCCUACUGGUUCCAACAUGAUGCCGGGCGUAAUGCCAGGUAUGGCAGCUCAUCCUGGUAUGCCACCAAUGGGACAGUUCCCACCACCCAUGCACCAUAUGAUGGGACCUAUGGGUCCUGUAGGUCCACCUUUCAUGGGUCCUGGUAUGAUGCCUGGUAUGCCAGGCAUGCCCCCAGGUAUACAACCACCAGUGUCAGGUGCGUCUAUACCACCAUCCAGACCAUUAUUCCCAAGUGCCGCAGCUGUCUCUACGGCCGCGUCCACAGCUGUGACCUCUCCUUUGGGCACAGAUUUUAAACCAAUUACAUCAGUGGCUGGUGGAUCUAUAGGGCCUGUUAAGCCGACAUUCCCUGCUUAUAGUAAUGCAGAUACGAAUACCACCAGUAAUAAUAGCGUUGGAAGUGAUCAAAAAGUGAAUCUUAUAGCUACUACUAGCGCUGCCAUAAAAAUCAUUCACCCUCCAGAGGACCUUAGCCUAGAGGAAAUUAGAGCAAGACUUCCGAAAUAUCAGCGGCGACAAACCGAGGAAUCUCGGACAGCACAGGCCGAUGCAAAUCAACAAGCUGCCGCAUUACAGCAGCAGCAGCAGCAACAGCAGCAGCAACAGCAACAACAACAGCAGCAGCAGCAACAAGCUGCUGCUAAUGCAGCCGCUGCGUUUCAGGAUCAGCAACAACGACAGCAAGCGGCGUUGAAUGCACUUCAACAGCAGCAACAAAGAUUUCAAAGACCUCCACAAGCAGUAAUGGUUCCUGCAUCCGCGGCAAUGCCUGUUAGUUCUGUCGCAUUGAUGGCACCGCUUAUGCGGCCUACUAUGACUCUAGCUGCGCCUGCUCUGAUUCAUGGAGGUAACAUGAUGCGACCGCCCCCCAUGGGCCUACCGCCAGGUAUGAUAGGAGCAUUGCCGCCGGGCGCGAUGCAUCCCGCAUUUGCUGCUCCGAUGGGUUUCCCUGGUGCACCAAUGUUGGCUCCGAUGAUGCACCCGCGCUUCAGAUGAUCACCUCCCAUGGACGGGCCCACCCCGCCACUGCUCGUGCUUUGGGCCCGCCCCUAAAUUUUAUUAGGGUCCGGACCUGACUGGGAAGAGGAGAAAAUGCACGCGUAAAAUGAAUGUUAACUCGCGUGGGCACACACUUCAUUGAUCGGCCGCGGCUGCACUUGACGCAUCCUCUCCUUCGAAGUUUACAUGAAGUUAGCAAAAUUUUUUGUUUUUUUUUAAUUAUACUAUUACAAAACACGUCACGUCAGUGCCUGAGAGGGUUUUACCGGGUGCAGUGGAAACGGUCGGUCGUUCCUCUUCUUUCUGCCAGUAAAGAAAUUUCGAGUUACAUAAAUCCCGUUCAAAGAUUCCAGGCUUUUAUACAGCCUGACAUCACAGUUACCGCUGUUGGCGUUUUCAGGUGUAGAGCUGUGUUUCUCUUAGAAGAAAUAUUUUGACGUUUCGCAAGUAUAUGGAGUAAAGAGUGAAACCGUACCAACACUCUUUGAAAUUGAUUAACUUCACAUCACAAGUGUUGUUACAGUCUUACUCUUCGCUGUAUAUUCCCGGAGAAGUCGACUAGUACACUGACUAUAAAAGAUAUACUUAGUACCGAUAAAGAUAUCAUGUAUAUGUUUGUUAUGAAUAAAUGACUUAAAAACAUUUUAUUGGAACUUUCUUUAAGCAUCAGACGUGUCUGUUCGAAGUAUCAGUAAUAUCAUUUCACAAAAUCAACGAUUCAUAUUUCCAAUACUUGCGAAACGCCGAAAUAAUUUUAUCAAAAAGGCACACGGCUCACACUUGCAAGCUUUAAUAGUGCGAUAAUGCUAUCGAUCAUCUUUGAACCUGUGAUGUGUAGUUGUGCGAAAUCAGCGCAACGACCACAACUUCUUGCCGAAGGAGUGGAAUGAUACCCCAGGUGAGCAACGAAAUCUAUUUUUUUCUUUUUUUUUCCCAAUCAAAUCAAUUUUAAUGUUUACCUAAAAGGCACCGAGAAAAGUUUGAUCCCUCGGAUCAUCAUUUCUAUAGAUAUACAUAUAUGUUGUUACACAUCUUGUCUGAGUACCUGGUAUUCAAAUUGUAGUUAUUAAAAGAAAGGGAUGGUGUCGUGUUGUUGAUGGCUGUAUGAGCACGAAAGCUUUCGCUUAGGAAAAUCGUAAGCUAUACAGAAAUUUUAUUGUAAAUUCGUAUACGUGUAUCAUACGUGAUGUGAAUUAUGGAAGGUGUGAAUCUUUCAGUUGAUAAAUCUGAAUCGAUGGAACUUCUAUAUAUCGAUCUUUGAUUGUCGUUUUAUAUUUUCUACGGUAGACCGUUUCCACGCGCUAUUUCUCAGUCUCUGCGCCAGUGUUCUCUUGGAGAGACGCGAUCGCGGAAAAAGGUGGCUUUCACCCUGCAGCUAAGACGAGACUUGUCUUUGAGUUCGUUAUUUAUAAAUUCAUUCAUUCUUUUCAUUCUUUUAGUCUGGCGUAUUUUAUUCAUUUUAUUAGGUGUACAUAUUGAUCAUACGAAGAAACUUGAUUUCGUAUAUAUGCUUUGUAACAUAUUAUACUCUGUCAUUUGAUUCUCGUAUUCGAGGAUAGUAUUAGAGAUACAUUACAUAGGCUGCAGCGUGAAUAUCCUGCCGCCUCAGGUUAGUUUAUCACAACUUUUAUUUUGUUAAUGUUCCAGUUCGAGUCGGUUCACUUUUGUCUAUAAUUUAUAUUCCCUUAUGUACAUUGUUCUGACACUUUUAAUUUAUUUUGUGUCGCGCGAUAUUCACUUGUGACGCGGACAUUUGAAUUUUCGGACAGCACAGUGUAUGUGCAUCAAAUUAUUGGAUCUAGAAGAUCUGUUUGUGACAUUAACAAUUUAACUAUUUUGCAAGAUAUGUAAAAUAUCUAUUAUAGACGGUCUAAUCUUCGUACGAUCUCAUUGCAUACCAAGAAAAUGAGAAAAACCGAAAGAUAAAUGAAGCAUUAGAAGCAAAUAUUUUGAGAGUCAGCAGAGUUCAAUUUUUUACACAAGUGCUUUUUAAAAAAAAGUAUUUAUAAUAAAUUAUAAUUUAUUUCAUACAAACUAUGUAUACAAUUUGUAGCCCCCACUAAUCUUAAUCUCUCUUUAAUCUUAGAAUAUUGUAGCGAAUCAUUCUUCCCUGACGAAUAGUUAGUACUAUAGUAUUUGCUCCUACUGCUUUGAUUUCUCCGUAGCAUUCUAAAUGUGAAUUACUGAAUGUAUAUCAAGGUUUUUGUAAUUUGUAUCAUAACGCGUUGUUUAAAUGAUUGUAAUCUGUUGAGGCAGAAGUGAUCGACUCGAUCUGUGAAGCCCUCUUCCUUUGCAAGGAACGUGUUGGCAACGCAUGAGUGAGUGGUAAGUACGGAGGGUGCUCAGGAAAAACGAUAUCAGCUCUCUCUACACUCAACUCACGCCGUUUUCUUUACUUCAUCCUAUGCCUACCGAUGUUCCGAUCGUUGAGUAUAUAAUUGUCUGUAAUUUAACUUCCGUCUAAAAGCUUCAAAAGGGACUCUACAAUCGGACAGGACUUUAUUUUAUCGGAAAAAUCCUAUCCCCUUUUCUCUAUUCGUCCGAUUGUUAUAAAUCCCACUAUUCUCUCUUCUAUUGUUUUAUUAUUUUCUCAGGGUGUCUAUUGAUAAAAUAAAAUCUACGGACCGUUGCAUCGUUUACGUUAAUCGUGUUUUAUAGUCUUAGCGAUGAAUCAUUCGACGAGAAAAGAACAAAAACGAUUCGUAUCGUCGGUGUUCUUUAGAUCGGCGAAACCGGGUUUUCGAUUUUGCGGGAAUGUUUCUCGUGGCCCAAGAGCGCAGGGACUAUGUUCGAACUAAAACCCACGAGAGACAUUUUGUGCUUCAUUGUAUGUUCGAUGGUGAAAUAGUGAAAUUAUUGUAAUUCAACUAUGUUGAACAAUGAAACGCUACGAGAGCGAUGUAUAAUCUUCUUGAAGAUUCACCUCAGUAGGCACCCUGUUUGUCUGUUCUUUCACUUCGACUUCUAUCAUUAUCUUCGAGAUGAAAAAGAAAUAAUAAUGAAAAUUAUGAAACGACGUACCGUGCGCGCCCGUACAAGACGUGCUUGAAAGCAGUAAAGAAAGGAAAAGGAAGGAAGCAAAACUACGCAUCGUUAUGAAUAUACUUCAUUUUCAGGGGUUGUCUUUCCGAAUCGUGUCCUUCCUCUGUGGUUUCACUGGGGUGAGAAAACAGAUAUGAUCCGCGCGUCUGUCUACCUUUUUCAGGCCGACCGGGAGCGCAACGCGGAAAUUGUAAACGGCCGUGGAGAGACGCUUCUCGGCUCUCGAGGCCGUUUAAAAAGUAAUGGCCAAGACGCUUGUCGCAUUUGCCUUCGUCCCCUGAGAUUCGGCAGGACAAUCUGACGACAGAAUUGGACAUGUAGAAGUUCUGUUAUUUAUUGAGUGUCACAUUAUCAACUUGUUCCGAAUAAAGACGUUCUGUGGAAAGUUCGAGAGAUUGGGCAUAGUCUGUCGUUCUGGGAAACUCGUAUAUCUGCCAAAUUCGAAUGUACAUUAUCCGACAGAACUUCUGUAUCUAAUUCACGUGUCUACUAUCGUCUGCGAUAUUGGUGUAAAUAUUUGUUUACAUCAUUAUUUCCUUCACAAUAAGUAAAAGAAAAAGCGUUCACUAAUUCUCUCCCAGAAUGGCGGGCGACAGCCACAUAUUGUUUCAACCAAUCACAGCUCUGACCGCUGUUGGACCUAAUCGGUCCCUUGCCUGAAGGCAGGCGAUUGUUUGGACCUACCGUCCCAAAGUCGAGCUGCGCGUUGUAUUCCCAAACAAUUGUUCAAUGUAUUUUUACAGUAUUUCGUUGUAGUAACCAGCUCCGUUUCUCGAAGUAACGCGAAGUUCAGAUGUACAAAAAAAGAAUGAACAAAAACUAGAAAGGAGAACAGAUUGGGAAAUACAACGGCCUUGGCUGUAAGGACGCGUGGCUGGACCGAGAAACAAUAUCAAUCGUAAUCGAUAACGAGUCGUGGGUAAAUCGUGUUAACCGAUUCGAUCGUUCGGAACGUUGAAACGAGAGAACUGUUCCGAAUCGUCUGACAAAAGACAAGAUUAUUGCUGGUUUCCGCUAUAUCAGUUUCUUACUUCUUUCACUUCUGUUAUGUAAAUUAUUUUGUUAUUAUUAAUAUUUAUUAAUUUUCUAAGUGCCCACAUCGUGGUUUGUUUGAUCAAUACGCUGUUGUUAAUAGUUCCUUCAGAGAGAGAGAGAGAGAGUACGAUUUUUUGUUUUCUGUUCGUGUGAAUUUGAAUUUCGCGAUACGAAUGGUAACAGUGAAAAAGAAGGGGUCGACGCACUUUUCUCGUUCGACAUUUCGAUCGUUCGUAGAAUGCUUAGCUGGCUCUGUGUGUAUAUAUAUACAUAUAUAUAUUAUAUACAUAGCGGCUCGGGGCACCGGAAAUUAAGUGCUACCUUCAAAACGAUAGUAUAUAAAUACACACAUUACCGAUCAUUUUACUUCACCACCGAUAAUUUCCUCACAUUGUUGUGUGUAACGUUGUUUCUAGAAUUUGUAUUUUUCAUCGUAGAUUGUACAUUACUGUAUGCCGAUUGAAUGGGCACUAUAUAUAUAUGUGACAGUAUUUUGAACAGUUUCACACGAGGUUCCGUUGAAGAAGGAAACGUAAUUGAAUAGAAGGUUUAGAUUAAAGUUGCAAUUGAGAUGAUUGUUCUUUCGAUCUGUCUAUAUUUAUAUAUCUCUCUAUCUAUAUAUAUAUAUAUUUGUUUAUAAUUUUGAGAUUCGUUUAUAUUGCUAUUGGAUUUGUACGAUGCAAACAUUUGAAAUCGAGUUUUAGGUUGCACUUUAUUCCUGCACGGACCGCUUACAGAAAUUAGUAGUAGUCUCUACUCUUCUACAGCAUUGUUGUUUUCAGCUGACUGCGCCUGACAAUGAGUAGAACGGGCGAUAUUGUCGAAGGAAAAAAA